AUGGGUCCUCCUGGACAUGCAGUCGCAGGGAUUGAUUCCUCCGAUUUGCCUGUAGAGAUUGCUUUGCCUGCAUCUCCGCCGCAGUUGUCUCCUUUCAUUUCUCGCCAAAUCCCUGACACGAAUGACGAGAUUUGUUCCAGUACGGAUGCCCUGGAAAGUAACGCCAGCACAGAGAAUAAGGUGGCAGUAAAUCUGGAAAACGAGAGCCCCUUGAAGAGACGAGGGACCCGCCAUCCCAAUAGUUACCUACACCAUACCUUUCCUCGAGACCGGCCGCAUCGUUUAGUCCGUUCCAAUACCGUGGGGCCUGAAUUUUCAGCCUCCAAAUCCGUUGCUCCUCGACCAUUACAACAUACCCCGCGGAGGCCUCGCGAAUCCGUUGCCGUAAAAUCGACGCUUUGGCAACCUGGGAGGCAGCAACGUCUCCCGUUUGACCUUCACAGUAUUACGUCCUCUCAUGCCGACUUGAUUCGGUCACGAUCUCGACAACUCCUGAGCGAAUUGCAUGAACGCCGCCUCGUAGCUACGGAUCAAGUCUUCCUUAGCCCAUUGCGGCUUGCUGAAAUGGGACCCCUGGACCUGAACACCGGUGACCCACGAGGACUAGGCCUUCAUGGAAUGGGGAAUAUUGAUGACAGUCAUCAACCAAUGCACUCGCGCCCUCAGUAUUCCUUCAUGCUCACUCCGCCCGAUGACAAUGGUGCAAUGGACUGGACUCCGUCCCCUGCACCAAAGGACCCUCCAGAGAACUCGGAAACCCCAGAAACGCCAUCUGAUAUAUUAACCCAGCCCCAGCCUCCAAGAAACAGAACCUCAAAUUUUGACGCUGAAGAGACCGGAGACAGCGGGGAUGGCCACCGAAUACAAUCCGAUGCCAAUGACAGCAGUGGGCGUCCGGAUUCUCAAGGCCCCAUGGCACCCCGGCUACCGACGCCGCAGAGCCAGGAAGGAGCAGCUGAUGGAGGCCUGUGGUACGAAGCCGGUAUCAAGGCGCUCGUCUCCAGCGUCAAUACUUCAUCGAGCACGGGGCCCUCCGUUCGUGUGCUGUCGCAGGCUUUGCCUUUUCCUUGCUCUAGUCCAACUAUUUUUCCUUCGCUCAUUAACGCUAUCAAUGAAGUCUUACCGCCAGGCCAGACUACCUGGAUCAAUGCCGUCCAUGCUGUACCACCGCGCUUCAGCCUCGAAGAUUUGCCAUCGUCACCUCCAGGGACCCCGAGCACCGUGCAAGGUGGAGAAGAUUAUUUCAGCAGCGUAGUGUUCAAUAGUGCUGUGCCGGUGCCGGAUCCUCAAGAAAGAGGUACCAGCACACCACUCCCUGCCUCGCCUUAUACUGUCGUUCCCCCUUCGAGCAUGCAUCUCUCCUUGGUGGAGCGUUACAUUCCACCGAGUAGCUCAUCUGAGAUUCGCGAUUUAUUUUCCGCUGCUGGCCCCUCCAUCCUCGUCGAUCGUCUGGCCGAGCUCGCUUCGGACGGCGGAUCUUUGCUCUUUGUGUAUCCUACGCGGCAAGGCGCCCGAACCUUCUCUGAGCUCUACCUCGGUCCCAUCUUGGAUCCGGCGCUUCGUUCGCUGGUUGUGGUGAAUGAGCUGACUGCCGACCUGGGGAUUGCACUCAGUGGCACGGGACUUGGCGAUGAUUUACUCUCAUAUGAAGUCAUGACACGAAAGAUUCGUGGUUUAUGUCAGCAGCUUAACCGGGAAGGUACCCUCAGCCGGCCUGAGAUACGUCCCGCAACGGCAACGACAGCGACGGGUUCGACCUUUUCCCUAGUUCAUUCAUCAAAACAAGACGUUCUACUUGACCGCAAAGCAUGGGCAAAUUGGUGGAUUCGGCAAGAGAAGCCCCGGCUGCGGGAAGGUCUUGGUCGAUACUUUCGGAAAGCACGAAAGUUUUCUGCGGACUCGGACGUCAUUCCUACCCAUUUGCUGCAGGAAAUCCUCGAUGCUGUUCUCUCUCGGCCGUACGAAGAUCCCCCUUGUCCGACAACUGGCGUUGAAGUCGGCGUCUUCGUCAUUCGAAGAUCUCUGUAA